AUGUUGGGAAUUAAUAGCGGCCGCGUUGUUCCAUUUGGAAUGAAUGACUUGAGAUUAUUGGUGAAAGAUAACAUUGCAUCGAUACGUUUGAUUGAUAUAAAUUCGUUGGGGAACAAUAAAACAAGGAUUACUACGUCGAGAAUUUAGACAAUUCGUCGAACGAAGGAAUGCUCGUAGACUGAUCUAACACGAUCGAUUGUCCCAAUUUUCAAGUUUCACGAUGUUAUAUUGAUUAAAGAGUGUGGCCACGUUCCGUUCUGUGAAACGGAUGGGACGAAUUAUUACAAAGUCGUAAUCGUAAAGUAGGAACGCAACAACAUGUUCUUCUAGAGGUCUUCACGCGAGUCCGAUCCGCUUAUCAACCAUACUUCGAAAAAGAACAAUCUCCAUAAUUGAAAUUAAUCUUUGUUGUGCUCUUUUAACAUUCGAUUUCCACGAUUGUUCGAAAUAAUUCAAUGAUGUCUACACUGCGAAUUUUUGUGCACUUUCAAAUUUUCUUUGGAGUAAUAUUUGGUAUAUUUUUGCAUAUUAUGUGUGUGUUUUUGCACCCUUGAGUUUUCCAUAAAUUGCAGAGUACAUAGAUUGAAAAUUGAUGACAAUUCUUUUUCGUUUUAUUCGCUUUCAGAACCUGAUUGUUUUUGUCUGCUUCGCGAUCAUCUUUGUUAGUGCUCGACCAAAAAUGCAUCACGAAGGUAAGAGACAUAAGAUCUACAAUCACUGUGGAUAUUUAUGCAAAUUUAUAUUUUUACCUGGACGAACACAGGGAUACGUGAGCAGAGACUCGCCUUUGUAUUUUUAUUUUACAUAAUUUCGCGCAAGUUUUGAAUAUUCCCGUGGUUGCAUACAGAUCGGCAAUUUUAUAGUUGAAAUUUAAAAGUGAUUUCGGCAUUUAAUUUCAGGCGACGACAGAGCUGGACAUAGUCAUGGCCACGCGCAUUCCUUUCAUCACUUUUCUGGGCCUGUGGAGGGCCAUCACGAGGAAGUCACCUGGAAAGACAAACACGGUCACCAUCAUCACGACUACAAGGCUCAUCCGAAGUAUAAGUUCGCUUAUGGCGUGGAUGAUAAACACACUAAGGACUACCAUGGACAGAAGGAGCAUCGCGACGGGAAAGAAGUCGAAGGGGAAUACCACAUUCACGAACCUGGUGGCAACGUGAGAACUGUGAAAUAUCAUUCUCAUCCUCAUGGAGGUUUCUUCGCGGAGGUUCAUAAUUAUGGAGGAAAUGAUCACUCUGGUGGUACUUACGGCGGACACAAGCAUAGAUAG